AUGGGCAAGCAUCACUUGAUGGUCGGCACCUGGGUGCGCCCGGGUGCCAUUUUCACCUUCGAGUUCGACGACGAGGCCUUGACGCUGAAGCUCGUUAAGCGCACCGAGAUCGACUACGACGAGCCCAUCUCGUGGAUGACCUUCAGUCAUGAUCGGAAGCAAAUUUACGGCGCGUCGAUGAAGGCGUGGACAAGCUACACCGUCAAGAGCCCAACCGAAAUUGUGCGCAGCGCGUCACACCCCAUUGCUGGCCACCCUCUCGCUGCGAACAAGGAUACCAACACCCGCGCCAUUUUCCUCCUCGCCGCCAAGCAGGCUCCGUACAAUGUCUACUGCAACCCCUUCUAUGAUUAUGCGGGCUUUGGCAAUGUGUUCUCGGUAAAUGAGGACGGGUCGCUGAAGGAGAAUGUCCAGAACUACGAGUACGAGCCCAAGACUGGUAUUCACGGCAUGGUCUUCGACCCUACCGAGACUUACCUUUAUUCGGCCGACCUGCGCGCCAACAAAGUGUGGACGCACAAGAAGGAUCCUGAGACCGGCCAGCUGACCCUGCUUGGGGCUCUGGAGGCGCCAGACCCGGGCGACCACCCGAGAUGGGUUGAGAUGCAUCCGAGCGGGAACUACAUCUACGUCCUGAACGAGGCGGGCAACAACCUCGCUGAAUAUGUGAUUGACCAGCAAACUCAUCUGCCUGUUUUCACCCACCGCACAUUCCCUCUCAUCCCGCCAGGCCUCAGAUACAACCUCAAGAACUACCGCGCCGACGUUGUCUUCACUACCCAGAGCGGGAAAACACUGUUUGCGACGACGCGAUCCAACACAAUCGGCGUGCCUGGCUACAUCAGUGCUUUCAGUUUGGCGGAGAAUGGCAGCAUCGAGAGGCAAUUGUUCAUGAACCCCACUUCGUCCAGUGGUGGCCAUUCGAACGCCAUUGCCCCGUGCCCGUGGAGCGACGAGUACAUCGCCAUCACGGACGAUACUGUGGGAUUCAUCGAGAUGUACAGAUGGCAGGAUGGAUUCCUUGGCAGGGUUGCCAGGUGUGAGGUGACCGAACCAGGGUUCGGCAUGAACGCCAUCUGGUACGACUAG